AUGGAGAUUCAAGCUCAGGAAGCAGCUCAAAAUGACACUCAAAUGCCGUAUGAAGCAAGCAUGAGGGGAUGUGUAGCCACCUUGAACACAUUGAUACAGAAUGAUCCAUUCAUUCUCCAUAAGAUUUCACUCACUCCCUUCACUGAAACUCCCCCGCACAUCUCAGCUUCGCUUGGUCAUGUUGAGUUCACCAAGGCUAUUACUGUCACCUCUUCACUUGCUGCUGCUGAGGGUCACAGGGAGAUUGUCAAAGAGUUGUUAAUAACAAAUAAGGAAGUAAGUAUGGUUGCUGACCAAGAUGGGAGAAUUCCUCUCCAUUUGGCUGCAAUGAGAGGGAGAGUUGAGGUGAUACAAGGGCUAAUAAGUGCAAAACCUCAGUCAAUUCUUGUGCAAAUCCAUGGAGAAACAGCUUUACAUUCGUGUGUUAAGCAUAAUCAUUUGGAUGCACUCAAAUUAUUUUGCCGGUGGAUGUUGAAGAAGCUGUUCAUGGGGAUGAUUUUUGUGGCUAAAUGGUGCCAUUUUAAGAAUAAAAAACAGCUUGAUCAGCCUAUGGUGAGUGUUUAG